GAAAUGAGUGGGAAGUGGUCAGAUCUGCCUGGUGACCUGCUUUCAAAAAUUGCGAAUGGUCUAGGGCUUAUUGACUUUCUGAGUUUUCGUUGUGUUUGCAAAGAUUGGAACACUGCUUCGUUGAAAGUAUCACCAUAUGAUAAAUCUGUUCUGUGUGAUCCAUGGUUUCUCAUGUAUGGAAGAGAAGGUUCAAAGUGUUCCCUGCUAAGCCACCAGAACAAGUGCUACUCCAUCAACCUCCCAGAAAUUGAUGGUGCAACGUGUCUUGCCUCAUAUCAAGGAUGGUUGCUUCUGUUUGGGCAGGGUUCAUUGUUCUUCUUUUCCCCCUUCUCAAGAGCCAAAAUAGACCUUCCAAAUUGUCCUCUAACAGACGCAUGUGAUCAUGUUGCAGCAUUCUCAGCAGCCCCCACUAGCGAAGAGUGCAUUGUGGUGGUGCUUAACUGCACCAUUCCUACUGAAUUACAACUCUUCAAGCUCUGCAAGGGGAAAGAUGAAUGGGCUAAGUCCUCCUUUUCUGGGCACGAAUUCCGCAAAAUAGAAACAGCUCUGUUUUAUGAAAAGAAGGAAUUUCAUUUCUUGGACGGAGACAAUGGUCUGAUUACCUUCAACGCUUCUAAAAAGAGCAAGCAAUGGAACAUGUAUACUUUAAGUGUGUCCACAGGUAAAUCUCCCUCGUCGACAAGGUUGCGCUACACCACACGUAAAAAUAUUUUUCAAUUGAAGAACGAGCAGAGAGAAAAGGGAUUAUUAGAGGCAAAUGAUUCGAUUUCUACAUGCGGGACUAUAGUUCCACAUUCUAGUGGUCUCUGCGACAUGAUAAUUCGGAGUGAAAGCAUUGAAGCAAAAACUCAACCUCAAAGCCGUCAUCUUAAAGGAGUGUGGAUCCAACCCAGAUAUUUUCCUGUUCCUUCCACCCAAACAUGGUAACUUGUUAUGUUUCAUUUUCUUCCUUGUUAGGUUUCUCAUUUUUCUCAC